AUACUAUCGUGGUAGAGAAGCAUAGAUAAUACAUGCAUUAUCUAUGUAUAGAAGUCUGUGAUAUAAAGCAUAGAUAAUAAUAACAAAUGAUAAACGCUUGUGAUUUCUUAUAACUUUUGUGAAUUUUUGAAGUUUAAAACUGAACACAAAAGUGAUGUAGAAGUUCUGAUGAUUUAUUUUAAUUUUAAAUGUUAUGAAUUAUUAAUCAGGUAUUUAACUAAUAUUCAAUUUCUUGCCAUUAGAAAUAUAUUUAUUUAACUUUUUUUAUUGAUUUAUGCUUGUACAUGAUUAAAUCUCAGUUAAAAUUUGUAAUACAUUAUGGCAUUGUGUGUGGCUGUGGUUAGCAAAGAGGUAAGCAAAUGCUAUUAAACUAAUCAAUUGUUAAUUUAUUGAAAAAUUAAUAUUAUUAUUUAUGAAUCGAAUUGUGAAUCAUUGUUGAAUCAUUUUGUCUACUGUCAAAGCUACAUCUAAGCCAUUCGAUGUUUCAUGUGAAUGAGUACAUAGAAUAAUGAAUGAGUCUUCUCCUAUUUUCUCCUGUCAUUUCACUCAUACAUUUUCAUUAAUGCUACACCUAUUCUCUGUUUUAUUUUUGCUAUCCAACAUUGUACUUUUCUUUUUUAUUGUUUUCAUGUACUCCCACACUUCUUCCUCUCUAACUAAACCUACCAGAUCUUUUUUCCUCAAGACACUCUCUAACAUUUCUUUUUUUAUUCUAAUAAUUUUAAUUGUACACCAUACAUUAUAGACAUCCUUGGACCGUUUUUCUCUAACCUUGGCCAAUUGAUAAACUUCUUUUCACCUUCUGUUGUUCCUAGUUUCUCAUUAAACUAAUAUUUCUUUAACUUUGCUUUGCUUAUCACCUUUUUAUAUUCUUUAAACAUUCUUUUGUACUAACAAACUUUUGUACCCUAUCAUUUCUUUUCCUGUUUUGCUAAAGUUUAAAUUGUUUUUUUAUUAUUAGCUAAAUUAUUAUAAUUAUAUUAAUACUUAUUUCAGUAAGCAAAUUAGAAUAAUAAUCACUAUCAUAUUUCAAAAAGUGUACUUUGAAUACCUAUUAAACAGCAUGUAUUAAUUAAAAUACUAUUAUAAUAAUAUAAAUAUAUUUUUAUUUUAUAGAAUGCACCUAAAUAUGUUGCUUCAUUGAAUCCAGAAGAUGAGCUCCAAAUUCAAUAUGAGAUACAUUCAUCAAUUGACUUUGUAGAAGAAAAGUUAAAAACUGGGAAAAAAGAUAUGCGUGAACUGUAUUUAGGACUAUUAUACUCUACAGAAAAUCACAAAGUGUAUCCUUUUAAGAAUGCUGAUUCAAUUAUAAGAGACAAUUAUAAUAUUAGUUUUUAUUUUUUUGAUAGGCGAUUUUAUGAAAUCAAUUUAUAUAGUAAAUAGCAUUUUCUUUAGAUUUUGUGUAAAGCAAGGAAUAUAUUAGUUUUACAAUGAUGUUUAUUUUUCUAUUUUUUUUUCUUCUGUGAACAACUUUCCUACCAGAAAUUUUGUACACAAACUGCGUAAAAUAGAUUUGAAUUGUAAUUUAGAUUCUAAGUGUAGUAAAGAAUGUAUUGGUUUUACAAAAAUUUUUUUUUUUAUGUGAACACUUCUAUUAGAAAGCUUACUGUAAUGUAGCCCCUUUUCUGAAAGGAAAUUUUCUUGGAGUAGUACUUUAAGGAGGUCAUUUAUCGAUUUUCUCAAGGUUUUUUUAAUCAAUUAUGAAAAACCGAAAAAAAAAAAACGGGAAAAUGUAAGAAAUAUAUUAGUAAAAUAUUACAAUUUUUAUUUUCUACCAGCGAUUUUGCUCCGAUUUAUAAUAAUAGGCAAUAAGAGCAUUUUUUUCUAAAAGGAAAUUUGAUUGGGCAAGUACAUUAGAAGGCAUCAUUUUUAGAAGUGGUUUCAGGAGAUUUCUCAAUAAAUGUGAAAAACCAAGAAAAAACGGGAAAGCAGAUCAAUAUAAAACAAGUAUUAUUAAAGAAAAUAUAUAAUGCUUAUUUAAUUAUUUUACCAUAAUAUGACAUUUAUAUUGUUGACAAAACAUCACUAUCAACUAAACUCCGCUCAGAAUCGUUUUUUCGUUAGCAAUGGUACAGAUAAAUUCCCUUCUGUAUCCUACCUCUCCAACUUCUCACCUACAACAGUGGCCGCUCCCAUCUCCAGUAUCAGCUCUUUUUUUUAUUUUACAUACGCCAUACCAAGUUCUCUUAAUAUGCAACACUCGUUAUAAUAUUAUCAUUCAUACCGCUGCAGCGUUCAAGGAAUAAAAUACCUCUGAAUCGAAUAACUUACAACACAUGAAUAAUGUAAACUAUAACUACAGGCACACAUCUUUCUGAGUUUACAACUUUUGACAGAUCAACUGUUAUACCUUUUUAUUUUUUAUGUUUAAUUUAGUUUGUAAUAAUUUAUAUAAUUUUAACUAAUUUCAUUUAUUUCUAUUACACAAACAUUAAAUAUAUUGUGUAAUUUUAUUUAAAAAUAGUUUCAUAUUUAUAAAUUAAAUUUAGUUUUAUAUUUUCCUUUAUUAAAAUUAUUAUUAUUAUUCGCUAUUUUAGCAAUUCGCUAAAUUUUACAAAAAAAAAAAAAUUCAUUUUAAGGUGAUACACAGUAAAAUAUUGUUGUAAACUUGACAUUUUGAUUCUUCUUUUUAGCAAAUGGUUGUGCAUAUAAGCAUAUUAGAAGAAAGUGAUUAAUAUACAAAUAGUUUAAUGUUAAAAAUAUUUUUAAAAAUCCUUGUAUUACGAAUAAAGGAAAUUGUAUCAAUAUAGAAAAUAUUUUUAAUUAUAAUAGAUAAAUUUUCUUUAAUAAUUAUUAAUUAGAUAUGGAUAUGUAACAAAUACUAAAGUAAAAUUCUUUGUAGUAAUAGAUUCUAGCAAUUUAUUGUUGAGAGACAAUGAAAUACGUUUUGUAAGUUAAUGAAAUAUUUUAAUGAUUAAUAUCAAUUUAAGAAUUUUUUUUUAGAUGUUUAGAAAACUGCAUACAGCUUACACAGAUUUAAUGUGUAAUCCGUUUUACAUUCCUGGCGAUUAUAUAACAUCUGAGUGAGUUUUUAGUGUUAUUUUUAAAGUGUUCUAAUAAUUGUAUACCUCAAAUUUUUUAUAUUUUAUGUAUUUACUGUUAAGCACCUAGUUUUUAAACUAUUACUACAGUUUGAUUUAAUAUUUUGAUGAUUAAUUAAUUGUUGAUUAUUAAAUAUUGUGAAUUAAUGUAUUGUAUAUAUAUUUUUUUUUAGGAAUUUCGACAAAGUUGCAAGAGGUAUUUUAACUGGAAAUUCAUAAACUUAAAUUACAUUUAUAUAUUUUAAAUUAUAUUUAAAUAUUUUUCAUUGAAAAACUAUUAAAGCAUAUAUACUUUCCAAAAUAAAUUUAUUAGUCACCUAUAUAAUAUUAUUUUUAUAUUUCUUGAAUGUUAAACAGUCUUUAGUCUGCUAUAUUUUCCAAAGGUGAUUGUUUUGUACUAUUGUAGGUUAAUUUAGUAUAAAUUAAUUGCCUUAAAAAAAUGAGUAACAAUCAUUCUAUAAUAAAAACUGACCACCACUUAGUUAAGUGGUAGUUAAAGUUAACCACUGUCAAAAAAAUAUUCCUAUAGAUUGAUCUGAACCUUCUUAAAUGUAUUUUAGUUUUAAUAAAAUGUAUGUAAAUUAAACUAUCAUAUUCUUUUGGUGAUUGAAGUAAAAAGAAAUUUAAAUAUUGUAAAGUUUAAUAAUAUACUGCAAAGUACAAUACUACUACAAAUACAAAACAAUUUAUUAUUGAUUGAAAAUAAUACAGUAAUUUUAUGUUUUUCAAAUUCAAAUAAUAUUGUAAUAAUACUUAUUG